GCAUAUAGUACCUCUUCAAUUUCUUAAUCUUAGCUUAAACAGAUCUCUUAAUUUAUUUUGUUAAUCUAUUUUUUAACUUAAUGGAGUCAUCUACUGAACCUUCUUCACUAUUGCAUACAUUCAAGUCAAAGAAGAAACUCCAAAUCGGAUCCGACCCGAAUGAUGCAUCAUCUACCGGGGCUCCAUCUAUGGAUCCAUGGAGCUCCAAAACACCCGAAAAGCCAAUCACAGCUCCUCGCCGGACUCGUAAUCGGAGCACCGCACUUUCAUUGAAAGAUAUCCGACAAGCCGCACAGAAGCUUCUGAAACCAAACCCGACCCGGAAUGUGAAACCCGACCCGACCCGGAAUGUGAAACAACCCGAGUUAGAGUCUUCUUCUUCUUCAGCUAAAGGGAAGAAGCAUGUAGAUUCGGUAAAGCUACCAGAAAAGUACGAAUUGUUGGUUGAAUUCUUCAGUAGAAUGGCCAAUUCGGUUCGGUUGCUGAAGUUGAAGGGUUCUUCGACGACAUUUACAAACAUCAGCACAAAAGUGGAGUGUCUAACAGAUAGGAAGUUUACUUACAAGCACUUAGCGCAGAUGAAGUUUCUUUUACCCGAGGCAAUUGAGAUAAAGAAGAUGCUUGUGUUCGAUGAACGAACAAGCUGUAUGAAGCCCGAUCUUCAUAUUACAUUAAAUGCUAACGGAGUUGAAGUUGAUGGGAAGCUGAAAUCCUCUAGUGGCAAUGUACAACUGUGGGAUGUCUUCCACCAUCGGAUUUUGGAUUUCUUUAAAUCCCACCCUGAGGGAGAUGACAUUCCUGAGGAAGCAUUACCAGGAGCAUUCGGCACGUCAAAACAAGAGCACUUGACAAACUCGUCAAGUCCUGCAGGCCCACAGUUGAUAGACGAGACACCAAUCAGCCCAAUGCAGAAGCCGCCAGUAGCUGUAUCUCACCUGGCUCAAUCUUUCAGGAAAUCCUUUUCUCAUCGAGCAUCUAUUGGCGCGGAACCUGAGAUUGCUAAUUGUUCCACCAACACCUCUAAAGCUGUCAAUAAAACUCCUAAGCUGCUUUCAACACGAGGGGUUCGUUCUGUUACUUUACCACCAUCUCCACUACCAUCAACUCCAUUAAAAAAUACGAAGGGUGAAGAUUGUUUGUCUUUGUCAAGUUCUGAAAGUACCCCAGCAAAAUUGAUGGCUUCUACACCUGCGAUCCAACCUCCCAAGAGAUGCUAUAUGAGUCCAGAUGGCGAGUCAACCGAAUCACCAAUAAAGCUAGCUAGGCGCCCUCCUCCUAGUAGGUUGUUGACCUUUGAUACUCCUGUGAAGAGUUCAAAAGUUACAGCAGAUGAUGAAAUCCUUGACAUUCUUAAUGGGAAUCUUCUACAGUCGAUUAGAGACAAAGAGCAGAAGGCAUUAGAGGAGAAUGAUCCAGCCAUAUCCCAAGCGAAAUGGCGGAAGAAAAUGAUUUCGAGCUUGCCUAAGUUUUUCGACAUGAUUUACUACCUAUUUCAAUCGAUGAAACGUUCUGUGAUUACUAAAGAGGAGCUUAUGCACAAAGUGAUUUCAAGCCAUCUAGAUAUUGCCGAUAAAAGAGAAGUUGAAGAGCAACUCCGGUUAUUGCAAGAAAUAGCUCCUGAAUGGAUUUCUGAAAAGCUGUCAUCUAGUGGAGAUCUUCUGUUGCGUGUUAGCAAGGUAUCAAAUGCUGAAUCAAUACGCGCAAGAAUAGCCCAAGCAAAGUGAGAGAAAGCAAGGGCAGGAAAUUUAAAUUCGGCCUGAGUUUUCCAAGUUUAGUUGUAACUGAUAUAGUUUGGUUAACUAGAUUAUUGCAAUACAUUGACUGGAGAAUCAUUUUUUAUUACAAUUUAAUGAAUUUUAACCGAGUUAGCCAGCAAUAUAGAGCUAAUAUGACUUUUAGUUGGAGGAACUUCAAGUUUCUUAUAUUGUAAACUUAUCCUGUAUAUAUGGCCAUGAUGCUGCUUUUGGAAUCAGAAUUUUAGUAAUAAUACUUGUUUUUGAAUA